AUAUUGGAGUUGCUGGUGCUUUCGCUCGGCGUUCACGUAACGUAUGCGCAUACGUGAUUUAUAAUACACCGAAAAAGAUCUCCUUGACAUGUUCUUGGAGAGGUUUUCUUGUGACUGCGCAUAUGGAGCGGUACAUAGAGCGAUGAAACGUAUUGGAGCUGCAAAGAAGAUCUUGCUGUGAAGAUGAGUGCUGACAGUGGUGCGAGUGGUCACUGUGAUGAGGCCGCCCUCGGCAAAGAGGCUGAUACCGAGGAGCAAGCUAAAGAUGGCAAGAGUCCGGGGGAUUUGGAUGGGAGAUUGAUGAGGAAAGACGACAGUGGCAUUGGUAGUGAACCUGCUGAUGACCGGCCAGAGGCGUGUGCCCACGCAGCAAAUGGAGGGCAGGAGAGCCCGGACUCUGGAAACCAGGACUGCGCCGAGGCUGGAGCAUCUGAGCAUCAGGAGGCACCUGGCACAGCUGAGAAGAGACCCACAACGGAAACUGAAGACGACAGCGAUGGUUUUCCAGAGGAGAAGAAGCAGAAAACAGAGGAAAAGAAAAAGCGCAGGCUGCUCAACCUGCUGGGUCGGACACGAAGGUCGGGCUCAACGUCUGAAGACACCAGUGGUGACACAACCAGAGGAGGUGGAAGCAGCAGCUUUUUCACCGAAGACUCUGAUGACAAUAUCUCCAUAAACAGUGAUGAUACUUUCCACAUGAGCCAAGAUGACAGAGAGGAGGACGCAGAGAGCUUGGAGGGCAAUUACGACCCGACGCCAAACACCCCUGCACCUGCAUACAAGUGGCUGGUCUGGGAUGCCCUGACGCAACGCGAGUAUGGCCGGCCAGCAGCCACAUCACAUGUGGACAAGUUUCGCUUGGACUGUUACGGCAGCCGGCGCAUAGUGGAGCGACUGGAGCUCAUGUACAAGAUGCACGCCCACGACGGGUGUGUCAAUGCCCUGCACUUCAACUCAACAGGCACUCGUCUGGCCAGUGGAUCGGAUGACCUCAGCGUCGUCAUCUGGGAUUGGGCCACCGGCGAACCCGUGCUCAAGUACGACAGUGGCCACCGAAGCAAUGUGUUUCAGGCCAAGUUUGUUCCCAUGACUGGCGACUGCUACAUAGUGAGCUGUGCCCGCGAUGGCCUGGUUCGGUUGGCGGAACUAUCCUCGACGGGUGUCUGCAAGACAACCAGGAGACUUGCUCAGCAUAGGGCUACCGCUCACAAGCUUGCCAUUGAAAACGACUCACCCCACACGGUUCUCAGCUGUGGUGAAGACGCUUAUGUUUUUGGCAUUGAUCUGCGGAAAAGCAGCCCCGACAAACUAGUCUUAGUAAAGGAAAAUGACAAGAAGGUUCCCCUUUACACAAUAUUUAUUAACCCAGCCAACCCAAACGAGUAUGCCGUUGGAGGUCGAGACCACUAUGUCAGAGUUUAUGAUCGGAGGCUCACAAGAGAAGAUUCUAAUCCAAUGAAGAAAUUUUGUCCACAUCAUUUGCUGAACUGUGAAGUGCGAGCCAGUGUUUCUUGUUUAGUGUACAACUAUGAUGGCUCAGAGAUACUGGCUUCAUACAAUGAUGAGGACAUUUACAUUUUCAACUCUAAACAUUCUGAUGGAGCUGAGUUUGUGCACAGAUACAAAGGCCACAGAAACAGCCAGACAGUGAAAGGUGUCAACUACAUGGGUCUCCGGAGCGAAUAUGUCGUCAGCGGUAGUGACUGCGGCUACAUCUACCUUUGGGACAAGGAGAGUGAGCACAUUAUUCACUCCAUGCAUGGAGAUGAGGAAGGCGUGGUGAACUGCUUGGAGCCUCAUCCCAGCUGCCCUAUACUUGCCACAAGCGGGCUUGACGAAGAUGUCAAAAUAUGGGUGCCUUCUUGUGAGGACCCUCCAGACAUGUCAGACCUGAAGACGAGGGUGUGCAAGAACAUGAAAGAGCGAGAAGAGGAGAGGAAACGUGAAGGGCACGAAGCCAUUGACAGCCAAAUGUUGUGGUAUCUCAUGCAGCAACUGCACCGAUCAGCCCAGAGUCGAGCGCGGAGCGACAGAGGUGGGGGCGCAGACAGCAGCACCGACAGCGACAACAGUGACGACGACGACGACAUGGACACUCAGCACUCUGUGCAGUGCGUACAGUCGUGAUGUGCGCGAGGGAAUGGGCGCUGUCCCCGAGCCACCAGCGAAGAUUUUUGUCGUGUGAUGAAACAAGAAGACUGUGUGCAAUGAACACUUCCUCGCAAGCGUCAUUUGCUUUGUCGUUAAGUAAACGAAUAGUGCUGUGUGUGGUUCCCCGUGCUUACAAGGAGGAAGUGAUUAUUUCAUCAAAGGGUUGCACAGCCGCCCACUUCUUUUGUACUAGCGUAGGAGCGCUGCACAAAAUGUGAAUACUUAUAUAUAUAAAAAUGUGUCUCUGUACAAAAUAACAGCUCAGAUUUGAAUUAUGUGAGCGUCAAUUCGCACAUCAUUUACAGUUCACAGGUGUCGUGAGUAAAACUUUCUUUUUGAUUUGAGUUGCGAAGGCAAGAGUUUUUAUUGUAGCCAGUACAGGGGAUGUUGGUUGCAACUGUAAUAAGGUUACGGCAUUGCAACACUGAACAUGUAGAAGUGGCUUCUAGAGUAUGGAUGCAAGAAAAAAGUGUUAUCAGCCCUGGAGAGUACUAAGUGCAGUUCUUUCUGUAAAGGAGUGUUAGUUGAAUAAAGUGGUUCUUGAGGUUGUUGCCAAUUGAA